UAUUAAUUCUCCCUGAUCACUGAUGCGACUAUGAAAUUGGGGUUGAGAGUGUGAGAUAGAGAUGCCAGAGAUGGUUGUCCAAAGCUUCCGUAGGUGGUAAUAGACUGUACAGCAGUCGAUAUUUGAGGCUGAGACACAGAUUACUCUAAGGAAGUUUAGGGUUUUUGGUCACAUAAAGAUUGCAACUCUCGGCUCCUGCGGUCUUGGAAGGUCGCAGUGUCGUUAAGGGAUUAGGAACAAUCAGGGACUCUUUGUUCUGACGCACGCAGUUGGUAGUGCUUUUUUUUUUUUUCUCUAAAAUUCACCACGAUUCUGAGCUUCUGAGUGUCACUGUGAAACUGAGUUGUGGGUUUUUUGUAUGAGAGAUUCGAUGGAUGAACGAUGCCGGAAGGGGAAAGACAACAUUAUAGAAUUGGAUCAGAGAUGAGGGGAUAUGAUUGCCAAGACGAGAAGACGAUGAACAGUGGAGUAUUGAAUUCUAAGGUGGCGACUGGAUUGACCCAAAGGACCGAUGCAUUUUCCGCUGACUAACUGACUGACUGAGAUGCGAAAGUGGAAGUAACACUAACAGAAGAAGAAAAAAAAAAGAUGUCUGCUGUGGGACAGCUUUUAGGAGGGUCCUUUCUCUCUGCCUUCCUUCAGGUGGCUUUCGAAAGGUUUGCCUCUCCUGAGUUGCUGGACUUCUUACUCAGAUGGGAAAUCGACUUGGAUGAAGUGGAGUCACUGAAGCGGACGUCAGCCAUGAUUCAGGCCUUAUCUGAUGAAGCUGAAGUGAAGCAAUUCACCAACGUUGCUGUGAAACUGUGGCUGGACCACCUCAAACAACUCCUCUAUGAUGCGGAGGACAUACUGGAUGAGUAUGCUACUGAACUUCUACGCCUGAAAUUGGAAUCAGCUAACCAAACACAACAGGUACGCAACCCCUCUGUUCCUCUCACACCAUCAAGUCAAACUAGUAGUGUUUCUUCUUGGUUGAACUCAGGCAUGGAAUCUGCAAUUAAGAGCAUUAAUCAAACUUUAGAAGGAAUACAAAGCAUUGGGCCUAAGGUUUGUAACAUUGCUGAAGAACUGAGGGGAAUUAAAAGAUUUCGAUCUGAAGUCAAGGAAAUCAACCAGAGGUUAAAAAGUGUAGCACAAGAAGGUGUUGCUCUAGGUUUGAACUCGAGCAUGGGAUUUGGGUACUCAAGGCCCGUGGUAUUCAGUCAAAGGCCACCAUCAAGUUCUUUGGUGAAUAAAUAUAAAGUUUUUGGCCGAGAGGAAGAUAUGGAGAAGAUUGUUGGAUGGUUGCUAUCAGACAAAACUCCAUGUCCUUCUGACAAUAACAAUAAUUUCUCAGUGCUACCCAUAGUCGGCAUGGGUGGAGUUGGGAAGACGACCCUUGCUCAACUUGUUUAUAACGAUGAGAGAGUUAAGAAGCAUUUUCAUUUGAAAGCUUGGGUGUGUGUAUCAGAGGAUUUUGAUGUGGUGAGAUUAACCAAAGAAAUUCUCGAGUCAGCCACGGGGGCAUCGCCACUUUCUAAUUCACUGGACAUGCUACAUCUGAAACUUCAAGAAGCACUGAGCGAGAAAAGAUUCUUAUUGGUUCUAGAUGACGUGUGGAAUGAGAAUUAUGAGAGAUGGGAUACGUUAAGCACCACUUUUGCAUUCGGUAGUCCAGGAAGCAAGAUAUUGAUUACAACACGGAACAAAGGUGUUGCAUCAAUUGUGCGCACUGCUCCAAAUGAUCAUUGUUUAAAAGGUUUAUCAGAAGAGGCUUGUUUUUCAUUGAUUAGAAGGCAUGCUUUCAUGGAUGAAAAUACAUCUGCUGCAAAUCAAAAGUUGGAAGUAUUUGGGCAUGAAAUUGUGAAGAAAUGUAAGGGUUUACCUUUGGCUGUAAAGACACUUGCUGGUCUCUUGCGAGAUAAAAGGGAGAACAAUCAGUGGAAAGCUAUUUUGGAGAAUGAAAUAUGGGAUUUAAGAGAGAAUGAGAUCCUUCCAUCACUCAUGUUGAGCUACUAUCAUCUACCACCUCUUCUGAAGAGAUGCUUCGCAUACUGUGCUUUGUUUCCCAAAGACUAUGUAUUUAGCAAGAUUGAAAUAGUCGUGUUGUGGAUGGCGGAAGGUAUUGUUCAACCGGAAGGAAUAAAACGUUUGGAAGAUAUAGCGGGUGAGUAUUUUGAUGAACUAAUUAUGAGGUCCUUCUUUGAGUUAUCUAAUUGUUUUCAUCCUUUGGUGGUAAGCCGGUUGUUUAUUAACAUAUCAAAAGAAUUUCAUAGGAGAUCAUUUUUUGAGUCAUCCAGUAACAUAAGAUCAGGGUUUGUGAUGCAUGAUUUGAUCCAUGAUUUGGCACAAUUUGUUUCGGGUGGAAUAUAUUGUAAGAAAGAGUAUGAUAGGCAAUCCCAAGUUCUUACUACAACUCGUCACUUGUCUUACGUUAUGGAUAAUUAUAAUGUUGAGGCGACAGGAUUUGGGGCCGUGAAAACCUUACGCACCCUUCUAACUCUAAAUGAUGUUGCAGGUAGUCCUAUAUACUUUUUUCCCACCAUGCAAUUCAAAUUCCAGUUCCUACGUGUGCUACGUUUCAGAAAUUGUUGCAAUUGUGAGUUGCCUGAUUCAGUUGGCAAGUUGAAACAUCUAAGGCUUCUUGAUCUCUCAUUUUCUGAUAUUGUGAAGUUACCCGACUCAAUUGGAAGUCUUUACAAUCUACAGUCGUUGGUGCUAAGUGGUUGUGGAAGGCUAAAACAGUUGCCUGAAGAUAUGGGUAACCUCGUAAACCUUCGAAUUCUUAUUUUCCCUAGACAUUGGUGUUUCCGUAAAAUUCCAUUAGGAGUGGGUAACUUGACUAAUCUUGAAAGUUUGGGCACACUCGAUGCGGGACCAAAACAAAAGUUGUCCCAACUCCGUGGGACUCUAGACAAUUCAAAUUUGGAAAAUUUAGGCAAUAAUGGGGCAGAAGCUAUGGUGGCCAGGCAACAUCUUCUUGGGCUACAACUGCACAAGCUCACAUCACUCCGAUAUCUUCAAAUAUCAAUCUGUGAGAAUCUGGAGUUAUUAUCCAAGGCACUAUACACUCUAACAUCUCUACGAAGAUUAGUAAUUGAAAGUUGCCCUGAUCUUGUGUCCUUCCGGGAAACAAGAUUGCCCACUUCGCUUCAAGAGUUGAAAAUCUUUGAUUGUGAGAAUCUGAGGUCACUACCAAAGGAGCUACACACCCUAAUGUCUCUCAAAGAGUUUGCAAUCGAUAGUUGCCCUGCUCUUGUCUCCUUCCAGGAAACAAGGUUACCCACUAUGCUUGAAGAAUUGGAGAUCAUAGAUUGUGAGAAUUUGAAGUCCCUGCCCAUGGGACUCCUACACAACCUCACGUCCUUCCAAAGAUUAGAAAUCAAAGAGUGCCCUGCUCUUGAAUCCAUUCCAGACAUGGAGUUAUCUACUGCGCUUUGUGAGGUAUCAAUUUUAAAUUGUGCGCAGCUAAAUUGCUUUCCCAAGGGGCUGAACAAACUCACAAAUCUUAAACAACUGGAAAUUGUGGACUGUUUUUUUCUUAUGGAGUGCAAGAAUCUUGAACCCCUACAUACCUUUGGUCUUCAUAAUCUCAUAUAUCUUUCAUAUCUCACCAUUGGUGGAUGUCGUGCUCUCCUGUCCAUUCCAAAUGGCCUGCUUCCCACCAACCUUCAGGAUUUUUGCAUCAAGGACUGCCCAAUUCUUGAAUCCCUAUAUGAUGGACUCUCUGACCUGACCUCUCUUAAAUGUUUGGAGAUCCAUAAUUGUCCAAAGCUGACACCACGGUACCAAAAGAAGGAAGGAGAAGAGUGGUCCAAGAUUGCCCAAAUCCCGAAGGUGAUAAUAGAUGGCAUAUGGCAAUAAAGCCUAAACACCGCAUGUGGGUCUAGCCUCUUAUAAUUAAAUCAAUGGAUGGAGUACUACAGACAGAGUGUCUAUUAAGCAAAACUACAAUAAAAGCAGAGAUGCAUUGCAGCUAAUAUAAUGAGGAAAAUAGACAAAGCAACAUGGCAAUUGCAUGGGACUUUACAGCAAAUUAAUGCAACCUAGCAUUUAUCUAUAAGUUAUCACUUUUCAGCAUCCCAUUAGUUUUCUGCCCACCCUAAAGCUUCAAUUGGUCACCAAAAAUCAUGGAAGUUCAGUACAAGAGGAAUCUCUUCUACAAUUUGGCAACAUAUUAGUGGGAAUGUAUAUUGAGGCAAGCACAAGGGGUCUUCUAUAUGGAUUAAAACAAGUCAGAUCUCUGGGAUGAACGAUCAAUGAAGUUUCGUUUGGAGUGAUACAAAGGAGGUAGAACAAUUCAUUUAUUCGAUCAUGUUCAGAAUUCUAACUCAUUUGAUUUUUAAUUUGAUCUGAAUCCAAUGGUCCUUUGUACAGCUGGAAUAAGGUCUAAUAAAGCUGAUUCAACUGGAUAACUUUGUAAGUUUUUUUUUUUUUCUUCUAUAAAAGAAAAAAAAAUGAUGAUUUAACAAUUUGGCUGUGCCAUAUGGGUCAUUUGUUUAAAUUCAUCCAUUUUAGAAGAUCUGGUUGUAUUGUGAAUUCUUGCUUGUUCAAUUUUUUAUUUUCAUUUAGAACCAAUGGAUCCUGUAGGA